AUGGCUAACGGUUAUCUUCAAGACAGCCUCAUGCUCUUCUUCAUAUGGCUAAUUUCCAUAGUUCUAGUCAGAGCCUUCCUACGCCAAAACCGAACCAAAUUCCGCUUGCCACCAAGCCCACGAUUCCUCCCCAUCAUAGGGCACAUGCACCUCUUGGCCCCGAUCCCGCACCAAGCCCUCCACAAGCUCUCUAUGCGCUAUGGACCCUUAAUCCACAUCUUCAUAGGCUCGAACCCCUGCGUGAUCGCUUCCUCUCCUGAGGUUGCUAAACAGAUCCUUAGAACCCAUGAGUUGUCAUUCCUUAACCGCCCCAAGAUGGCUAAUCCUGACUACCUGACUUAUGGCUCAGCCGACUUCACCUUCGCACCCUAUGGGCCCUAUUGGAAGUUCAUCAAGAAGUUAUGCAUGACCCAACUUCUCGGCGGCCCAACCCUAGAACACUUGAGCCCUAUUAGGAUGGAGGAGCUCAAGAGGUUCCUCAAGUUGAUGCAGAGAAAGGCCGAGGAAGGUGAGCAAGUUAAUGUUGGGACAGAACUUAUGAGGCUAACUAACAACAUAAUAUCGAGGAUGGCCUUGAGCCAGAGGUGUUCUGACAAGGAGGACGAGGCUGAUAAGGUGAGGAGGCUCGUGAGGGAGAUGACUGAGCUGGCAGGAAAGUUCAACUUGUCAGACUCGAUAUGGUUCUGCCGGAAUUUCGACAUUCAGGGGUUCAGGAAGAGGCUGAAAGAUGUGAGGGAUAGGUAUGACGCGAUGAUGGAGAGGAUCAUUAAGGAGCACCUGGAAGCAAGGAAAGAGGGAAAUGAAAGUAAGAAGAGGGAUCUGCUGGAUAUGUUACUGGAUAUAUACGAGGACCCGAGCUCCAAGAUGAGAUUGACUAGGGAGAACAUUAAGGCCUUCAUCAUGAACAUCUUUGGGGCAGGAACUGAUACAUCUUCCAUCACAGUUGAAUGGGCCCUGGCUGAGCUAAUAAACAAUCCUGAAGUGAUGGAGAAAGCUCGGGAAGAGAUCGAAUUGGUGGUGGGCAAGAACAGGGUAGUAGCUGAGUCGGACAUACCGAACCUCCCCUACCUUCAGGCCAUAAUAAAGGAGACUCUAAGGCUCCACCCGACAGGGCCCCUGAUUGUGAGAGAGUCGACUGAGGACUGCAAGAUCAAUGAGUAUGAUAUCCCUGCCAGGACCCGGGUGUUCAUCAAUGUGUGGGCCCUUGGGCGGGAUCCUACUCACUGGGAGAGCCCGCUCCUGUUCAUGCCCGAGCGGUUCCUGAACAGAUUGGAAGAGGGGAAUCUCGACAUUAGGGGGCAGAGUUUUCAGCUGUUGCCAUUUGGGAGUGGAAGGAGAAGCUGCCCUGGAGCCUCCCUGGCACUGCAGGUUGUGCAAAGCACUCUCGGGGCAAUGAUUCAGUGCUUCGACUGGAAGGUUAGCACGGGAAGUGUCGACAUGAAGGAGGCUCCAGGCUUGUCGCUUCCUAGAGCACAUCCUAUCCUGUGCCUGCCUGUUGCUAGGCUUGAUCCGCUUCCCAUUGGUUAGUUUUCUCUAAGUGAGAUACUAGAAAAUUAGAGAUGCAAAAUCUCUUCACAAAAAUCAAUUGUGUGAUUCAAAUAAUGCAUCAUAUAUGUUUAAUGAUGUGGCACCACUCAGAUGCCGGUGAUGUUUGAAGAUCUCUGUUCUGCCAUUAUCAUUGUAAUUUGUUGCCAGAAAAAAAAAAAAAGAAGAAGUUUAAUGGGGAACACGAUCAGUUUCAGAUUUGCGCAGUUGUAAGCUAUGCGGUUGUGGAAAUACAAAGGGCAUGUUCUGACAU